UGACAGCCUCAAAAUCUGACACAAAUAGCGAAAUUGUUAAAGCUUCCACGGCUACCCGUUUCCGCUGGUCUCCACCAUGAGCGGAUAUGGCGAGCCCAAGACAUGUGGCAAAUGCUGCGAAAGCGGAUUCGGAACUCCUCUGGAAGCGAUGAAGGGCGAGAGGGAGAAGUUGAUCUACAUCCCGGCUGUGCAAAUGGAGAAAAAUGCAAAGCCAGACUACCUUGCGACCAUCGAUGUUGAUCCAGACAGCCCAACCUACAGCCAGGUGAUUCAUCGUUUACAUAUGGCACUCCCUGGAGAUGAGCUUCAUCAUCUUGGCUGGAACGCAUGCUCCAGCUGCCGUGGUCAGGUUGGUCGACCAACACAUGGAUACCUUGUCGCUCCCGGAGUUUUGUCUGGCGACAUUCACAUCAUUGAUGUGAAAUCGGAUCCCAAGGCGCCCGCUCUCCACAAGACCAUUGGAGCGAAGGAUCUCUUGGACAAAGCGGGUGUGGCACUUCCGCACACAACACAUUGUGCGCCAGAUGAGAUCAUCAUGUCUUUCAUGGGCAGCGGCACUGCGAAGGAUGGCUUCAAGCCCGAAGGAGCAGGCUUCGUGUCCUUUGAUCCCAAGACAUUUGAGAUCAAGCAACGAUGGGAAGGCCAGGACUCCAAGACACGCUUUGGAUACGAUUUCUGGUAUCAACCACGCCACAAUGUCAUGGUCUCAUCUGAAUGGGGUGAUCCAGACUGCUUCACCAAAGGCUUCAACCCUGCGCAUGUCGGGGAGGGACGUUAUGGUAGUAAGCUCUAUGUGUGGGAUUGGUCGGAUCGAACCGUGAAGCAAGAGCUCGAUGUGGGUGCGGGUUCCAUUCCACUGGAAGUCUGUUUCUUGCACAAUCCCGACAAGGCAGAAGGUUACACUGGCUGCGCACUGAGCUCUGAAAUGGUCCGCUUCACCAAGACCAGUGAUGGAAAAUGGGAAUCCAAGACCGUCAUCAAAGUGGAACCCAUUGAGGUGACUGGCUGGGCAUUACCACACAUGCCUGGACUCAUUACGGACUUUGUGAUUUCCAUGGACGAUCGCUUCUUGUACCUUUCCAACUGGCUUCAUGGUGACGUUCGCCAGUACGAUAUCACUGAGGAUGAACCCAAGUUGGUUGGCCAGUUCUUUGUUGGAGGUUCCAUGAAGCAAAACGGUCCAGUAAAGCGAGCAGAUGGAGGAGAGCAGCCCGAAGCGUUGGUGGUGAAAGGGGUCGAAAUUCAAGGUGGAGCACAAAUGGUGCAGCUGUCCCUCGACGGGAAGCGCUUGUAUGUGUCCACCUCGCUCUUCUCAUCAUGGGACAAACAAUUUUACCCUGACAUGGGGAAGUAUGGGGCGCAGCUGAUCCAGCUGGAUGUCGAUACAGAGACUCCUGGCUGCAUCUGGCUACCAAAAACAUCCAAAAUCUAUUGA